UGUUCUAGGUUAUUCACAGAAAUGCUUAGAUGUGUGUAUUCAGAUGUCUUCAUUCUGUUUACUCCAUGAUCGUUUGCGCUAGCUGCCUUCCUUCCAAGAUCAGUUGGGAGUUUGCCUAAAGAGUUAACAGGUUAGGUAGGUGUGGUGUGUUGUGAAGAAGUUUAGUAUGAGUGAAGUAAAUAGUUUUGAAAUUCGUAGUGCAAUGUUUGCAAACAAAACUAAAUUGUGUUCAUUUACAACAACUGUACAUCCAGACGAGAAUGCCGAUUCGUUUCAAGAACAAAGCUGCAUCAGCUGUAAGAAAUUGGAAGGGGCGGAGGGAAGCGGAAGUUCCGGCACCAAGACGCACCGCGCGCUGCGCCCGGAAGCGACCAGACCUUCUUCCGUUAGUAACGCAACAUCUCCAGCAAUUUCCUUACACUUAUUGCAUAUGUAG